AUGUGUCGCCUGCUGGAAGCUAGCCAGCAGAGAUCCGACGAAGCAAUUAAAACGUUGAUCGAAGCUCAGGCUAGGCUCGAAGCUGAGAUCGCUGAGCUGCACAAAUCCGCCGACGCCACACGCAGCACCCAAGCCAACAACAAUCUCGACUCUGGUAGACCCGAAGUUCCAAUCGAUCGCAUCAGUUCCCCUCAACAAACCACGCACCUCGGUAGCAAAGGAUCCCAGGGUCUCCCACCACCCUCCCCAACCCAUCUUCGUCUUGGAGCCGAAGAACAACGAGCCCCUCUCUGUGACACACAUGUGCAGACCAGAGCAGAGCCCACCCGGUCAGCUCGGCCGACCGCCGAAGUUAGGCACCACCAAAUCGUACAGCGAGCCGUAAAUGACUCACCCGCUGAGGACCGUGCUCCCUCGAUCCGGUUCUUAGACAGUUGGAAAGAAGAGAUGAUGAGGGAAAUGAUGCAGAAGUUCUCAGACGGAAGGUCUGUUCACGCAACCGAGCAUAUGGAUCUGGUGUCAAGAAUCACUGAGAAGUCUCCCUUCUCAGAGUGGAUUCAGAAUGAGCCUAAACCCCGAGACUUCGUCAUCCCUUCCCUGCCUGCAUUUAAUGGAAAGGGAGAUCCGUUAAACCACCUGUUCCAAUUUCAGCAGAAAAUGGCACUAGAAUCCAACAACGAAGCCAUUCAAUGCAAGGUCUUUUCAACGACUUUCUCUGGGCCAGCUCUGUUGUGGUUCCGGCAGUUAAAGCCCAGAUCCGUCAACAGUUUUAGUGACCUCCGACUAACUUUUCUACAACAAUAUAGCGCGAACCGCGAGGCACCAAGAACAAUGGCAGACCUCUAUCAGAUCGAACAGGGGGAAAAUGAACAUCCGAAGGUGUAUUUACAACGUUUCAUUGACCUCGUGCAUCAAAUUCACGAUGUCGACCCGAUUACUGUAGCCAAUCUCUUCGUCAAAAGCUUGCAGGUGGGAUCUCUCUUACAUGAAAAUCUCACCAUGACACCACCUUAUGACAUGGCCGAGGUUCAGACCCGAGCCGAGGGCGUCUUCAGGGUCCUAGAAUUUCGAGAGCGUGCACAGAAGAAAUCCGCACUUAUCUCCGCUCCACCAGCAAAUAACCCUCCGCCACCUGCUAGAGAUGACAAGAGGAAGAGACACCAGGCAGACCACGCGAAGGAAGGGAAGAGGCCAAGACAGGACCGAUAG